GAAAUUGUGUACAAAAUAUGAGACAAUACUCCAAUGAAUGAAAAAAUAAAUCAUGUUUACAUUUAAUCAAUUGAGAAGUUUUCUAUUUUAAUGAUUUAGUUAUAUUGUGUUCACUAUAUUAAUAGAAGUGCACACUUAAUAAAAUAAUUGAUAUUUUUGCCUAAAUGUCUGUCAAUGUCUUCACUUGUCAUAUGAUGGCAAACACAGCCAACUGAGCGCUGGGACAGUAUUGCCGAUAAUGUCAGCGCUAGUCAUAUGAAGCACAGCAUCUCAUUGACAAGACUGAGCGAAUCACUCCGUAAAACUAGUGCUAAGCUAUUGCAGAAAGUGAAGUCAACUUAUCCUGACUAUUAUCAUGAGCUCAUUAAUGCCAGAAUGACACGAACUCUUUCCAUGUCAACCAUCACUACUCCAGAAGUGCAAACUGAUGACAACUUUGCAACCAAUUUGCUGGACACCAAGAAUAAGACAUCCAGUUCCCUUCAGUUGCAAAAUACAUAAUAUUGUUCAUAUACUAGUACUUACAAUAUAAGACAUGACAUUCCUUUAUUUUGGCAUCAUUUACACUUUUGUAUACAGAAUAUUUAGUAACAAAUUCAAUGCUAACAUGCUAAAUGAAUUUUAUUCGUAACGGAU